UGUUGCUGGUUAUGUUCUAAGAUCAUAGCAGGAAUCAGGGUCAGUGUUUGCUCUAGAUGUGUUCUUCCUGAUGUUUUGCUGAUGUUCUGAUAUUCCUUUGCUUAGUACAGUGUGUGCUUCUUUUUUAAAUCAAUAUCUAACUAGAUUAAGUGUGUUUGGCCCUCAUAGUAAUCUAAAUAUUCUCUUGCUUUUAUUUGUUGUACUGCAAUAUUAUACCAGUAAUCAAGCUUAAAAAAUAGUGCUACUGUACAGUUAUAUAUUCAUAAUAUAUUUAUAAUGAUUGUAUAAUGAGGUUGUCUGGAUGGUAUUGUAACUACACACCUGUAAGCAUGUUGUAAAAUUUCUGUUUUCCAUACAUCCAAAGAAGCAAAUGCAUUAGAUUUUGCCUCCAAAAGAAACACCUCCCUGCCACACGCCUGUCUCAUGAUCCAUAACCUAUAUAGUCUGCUACUGUAUCAGGUUUUGACUAAACUAGAUUGUCAGCUUGCACCAGAACAAUGUUUCCUGUCUUCACAAGAUGUAAAUCAGAUGGAGUAGAUUUUCUUUACCACUCCAUGUCAGUCCUGCAGGUUUGGACUGGAACAGUGACUUCUAUCAGAUCAGACACCUGACACGUUAUCUCUCAGCUCAGCUUUCCUGCAGCGUUCCCUGGGGAGAAACAAGAUAGGGAGGGUUACUGUGUGUGUCCCCGACAAAAAAGUGAAAGGCACAAUCCCUGGAGACAAAAAGCCAGAGGAUUAUUAUGCUCAGCAACGUGGCAGUUUUCCACAGAAACUUUUUCGACAGAGAAACCAAUCGGCUGCUCUGACUUUGAAACUGGCUGCUCAGACAAAACCAGGAUAUGGAAAUCACAAAAGAGAGAUGCCUGUCGGACCUUUGCCUCUGGCUCAUAAUUCAGCAACAGACGGCAGCGUUUCCGAAAUCAUUCAGCUCAGAAAAAUCAACGGCUCCUCCUCAGAGACACCAAGCUACCAGCACCUCCACAGGGAGCUGCUUCUCAGCCACAAGCGGUACGUCAGAGGCCUGCUGCUGGAGGAGAAACCAGAGCUGAAGCGGGUUCUGGAGCAGCGCAGACUAGAGCUUCACAAGGAGGAGGAAAUGGCACAACGACGGCCCUCUGAUCUGGAGACGGAGCUCCGCAAGAGGCAGCAGAAGCUGCAGGAGUACGAGCAGGAGGAGAUAAGGCAACGGGAAAACCAAAAGAAAAUCCCGGAGUUUGUCCGUGUCAGAGAAAACCUGAGGCGCACACAGACGUUUGAACAGCCCUAAACUGCUGCCAUCAGCCAGUGCAGCCUCUCACCACUGUGGCCCUAAAAACACUGCCUACUCAGCGAUAAUUACAAAAACACCAGGCUAAUCCAGCAUUUGAUAAUCCUUUGUUCAUUUCAAUUUGGACUUUAUGUGUAGAGACUAAAGUUUUGCCAUUAUAAAAAAAAAAAAAACUUCUACUGUAUGAACUCAAUGGUUUUGUUUCUGGUGAGGGAUUUAAAAGUUUUUUUGUUUGUUUUGUUUUUUGUUUUGUUUUUUCUACUAAAAAUCCUGUAUUACUAUUGGCUGAGUGAAAACAACAAUGUUCUGAUGCCGAAUAUUUUUUUAAUGUUUUUUUUAUGCCUCUUCCACUAUCUUUUUUUUCUGUUUCAGUUUUAAAUUAUCAUAUUUAUGUCAGUUUCUUUACAUUGCAAGUACUAACAAACAUUUUUAAAAGCACUGUUUUCUACUAGUAAGACUCCCCUCAGCAUUACAAAAAUACAUGUUGGUUUACCUGUUUCUGUCACGACUUUUGGUUUGUAGUUUAUCUGUGUGUGUGUGCUGUGGAAAUAAAAGGUUUCAUGGUUUGGACUGAUCUGUCUCUAUAUCAGAGCCAUUCAAAGCGAAGGGGGAUUGAUUUGCAGGCAGCUCCUGUCCCUGAGGACUCUCACAGUGCUUUCACAGGCAUGUGGGACUUGGUUUAAUUAGCUAAUCUUUUCAUUCCAUCGUGGGUCGAGAGGAGAAAGGA